GCUUGGUUGAAAUUUGUUCAUUGAGGGCAGGGGCUUGUUGAAGUAUACAACCAAUUCUCAGUUGAACUGGUAAUCAAAAGACUUGAUUUGUCAAGUGGUUGAAUUGAACUAGAAGAUGUCAGAGGAAAAUGGUGGGAAAUCAACUCAGGUUUCUGGUGAACCAACUGAAACAGUUAAACUGCCUGAUCUUUAUACAGCAAUGGCUGGAAUCUGUUACAAUAACUCACAGAAACUGGAUGAAAACAGAUCCAUGAUUGACCAUCAGCAACAUCCUCAUCAUCCACCAUCACAACAACCUCCAUUGAAAAAUGAAGACAGUAGUUCUGAUGAUGAUAAGCAAUCAACUGCUGUCACGACUGCAUCAAGUGAAUCAGUUGCUCACAAUCAAACUUAUCACACUACGGAAGCCAAAAAUCAGCUUCUAACCAGCCAUCAAAUCCCCAGUUAUUCAAGCUGGGAACAGUUGUCUUGCCCCUCCCUCCAGAAUUACCACGGGGCUCAGGUUAUCAACCCCCUAGCUGCUGCCCAGUAUAGUGAGUAUUACAACCUAUCGUCGCGUUCUGGUGGAGUCGUUUACGAAGACUGGCAAUACCCCGUUUACUAUUCCAACUAUUACGACACUGGCACCGACAUGUCGAAAUACUGUGAUCAGAAAACCAGCGAUACCUCCAAUAGCUACGAAAAGAGCAAAAUGACCCUUGAAAAUUGUCACGAUUCUGGCGGCGAUCGUACCUGCUCGACCCCUGACCUUGUUCUGUCCGUACUUCAGAUGGAAAACCAGAUUAAGAGUGAGAUGAGUAAAGAACGGCUGAGUCAUUGGUAUAGUCCAGUUAGCAGUCCAGAAUGUUCGCCCGCUACUCCGCUAAUGUCAGAAAGUCCAGCACCGUCCACGGAACAAGACAGCGGCUUCUUCUCAGAGGAUCCUGUUUCCCCGAUCUUCAUGUCUCAUAAACAAACGCUGACGCAAAUGGAAGAAACCAAUCAAAAGUAUUUUGUUUAUGUCCCAGAGAACACGGAGGAGUGGAAAAACUAUCACCCUAUUAAUCCUGUUCCGUUGAUGUGUAGCGAUAUGACACGGAAAAUGGUUAACAAGUCGGCCAUCUGUGGAUGGAAACCCACCUCAGGCUAUCCGAUUUUCCCUCCAGAAAUGCUCGGAAGAAACAGUGGCUACAAAACUGAUUCUGAAUCCUGGCAGAUGUCAAAUAAGUAUCCCCAGUUUCCGAUGCCAAUAUCAGGAAAAGGCCACAAACACAUAAAAACCAAGGCUCAGCGACCAACAAGAUGUGUGACUCCGAUGCCAUCAUCCACAGUAACCUCUGGUAACCAGGUUCAAUCAGAUGCUGUUUCAUCCACCUUGACACCAUCAGCCAUGUUCCAAGAACAGAGUCCAGCAAGUAAAGCCAGCUCAACAGUCCCAUCAUCAGCACCUGUCGUUCCGUUACCGUCCACCAAAUCAACGAAAGAUAUCGUCGACAGUUUCAUCAAUCGAAAGUCUGGCACAGUUAAUGCACAGACAGUUAAACCCAGUAACCCAGUCAAACGCAAGUCAUCUGACGUCGACAAUAAGUCUAGUCUCAGUAGCAAGCGUGCACGUCACAACGAGCCACUGAAUCAACACGCCAUUUCCGUCAUGCAGCGCUGGUACGAACAGAACAAGGAGAACCCUUAUCCUUCGAAACAAGACAAAGAGGACAUCGCUCGGCUCGGAGGCAUCUCCAUUACCCAGGUCAAAUCAUGGUUUGCGAACAAACGAAAUCGAACCAACAACACCCGCCCCAAAGUUCAGAAACGAAACGUGGAAGAGAAACUCUUAGAUUUAUGUCAUCAACUGGCUUCCGACGCUAGAAAGUCCACGAUGGAUAAUGCCUUCGUUAUUCAGCAAUUAUCGGCCAUUAUUGACGAACACCAUGCCAUCCAUUAAACAUCUCCAUCAACCCUGAUCAUAUAAUGUGCUAUUAUUAUUAUUAAUUUAUUUUUGUUAUCAUCGGCUAGUGCUAAAAUAUGCUGAAUGUGCAAUUUAUUCUAUGUUUGAAAUCAUUUUUUUUUGUGUGGUGGACGUUAUGUCCAUGAUUAUA